AUGGCUUCGACUGAUGGCGAGGACCAGCACCUUGAAGACCUCAGACUGAAAGCUGAGCUAUGGAGAACGCUUCGUCCAAUCGUACGCAAACAAGCAAGUGAGGAAGAUGUCGAUCUGACACCCUCAUUUCUUAUCGCCAUAACUGAAAUGGUGUGGGAUCGGAUAGCGGAGACAACUGAGGACUUGAUCAUGUUUGCAAAGUAUUUAUACUCCAUUGUCCCCCCAACUGGAUGUACAAAGCUUAUAGCAGUUCUAUUUGGUGACUAG